AUGACGUCAGCGUUGCGUCUGAGCGGGUACCUGGAACCUUCGCAGCUGCCCCUGAUGGAGCAGGUCAAGUUCGCGCUGACUGCCAACGUGUCCAUUGUGGGAAUGAACGUCAGCCUGAUGUGGAACAGCGUGGGAUUCUAUCAGAUCGCCAAGCUGGGCAUGAUCCCGGUCUCCUGUGUCCUCGAGGUCUUCUUUGAUCGCAUGCGCUACUCCCAGGGCUCGCGCCUCUCUGUGCUGCUGGUGCUCAUAGGCGUGGCCACGUGCACCAUCGCUGACAGCAGCCUCAGCGCCAGGGGCAUGGUGGCAGCUGCCGUGGCUGUCUGCUCCACGGCCCUGCAGCAAUACUACGUGCAAUACCUGCAGAAGAAGUACCGUCUGGGCUCCUUCGACCUGCUCUCCCACACAGCACCCGUGCAAGCCGGCUCGCUCGUGCUGCUGGGCCCUCUAAUAGACUGGCUGUUGUCGGGUGCCCGGGUUGACAGCUACGACUUCAGUGUUCCCUCGGUGCUGUGCAUCGGCCUGUCAUGCCUGAUAGCCGUGGCGGUCAACGCAAGUCAGUUCAUCUGCAUCGGUCGCUUCACAGCCCUCACCUUCCAGGGCCUGGGCCACAUGAAAACGCUCUCUGUGCUCGUGCUUGGAUACGCUCUCUUUGGGCUGGACGGACUCAAUGCACCAGUCCUGAUGGGGAUGCUACUUUCCAUCAUGGGAAUGGUGUGGUACGGCAAUGCAUCGUCGAGACCAGGAGGCAAAGAGAAGGUGCCAGUGGCUCCUACUCUUCCAACCACCACCGAGGCGGAUGAAAGCGCGCUGCUAAAAAGCCGGGUAGCCAUUCUUGCUCCCCCUCCCGGCAGCAAAAGCAGCAGCAGCAGCAGCAGUGGCAUAGCUCGCCUUGCUCCUCCUGCUGGCUCCUCAUCUCGAACCUCGGUCUCGGGAGGUUCUUCAAGCACAGCAGCAGCUGCAGCAGCGGGAUUAGCAGCACCAGCAGGCGCAGCAGCAGCAAGAGGAGGGGGAAACCCGUCUGCAUCAGGUGUAUCAGGGGGGGGAGGUCAAUCAGGAGCAUUUGCCGACUUCUCCCAACUUCAGUCAUCCCUCCCACCAGCAACUCAGCCUGCUCCAUCCAACCCACCCUCAAGCACCAACGCCCCUGCAGCUGCAGGCUGGGCCACCUUUUAA